AUGAGCAGAAACGAGAAGGACGAGAUCGAAGUAGACACCAGGGAGAAGAAAGUCCCUGUGCACAUCACGGAAGGUGGUAACAUGGCCUUCCACAACUACUUGAACGAUUUCGCACACAUUGAGGACCCAUUGGAGAGAAGGAGGCUGGCUUUGCAGAAGAUCGACGAGAGGCCGUUCGGCUGGGACCAAGUCCGUACCAUUCUGAUCGCGGGUGUCGGUUUCCUUACAGACUCGUACGAUAUCUUCGCCAUCAACUUGUCUAUAUCAAUGAUGUCCUACGUGUUCUGGCAAGGUAACAUGCCAAACUCCACACAGACGCUGCUGAAGGUCUCCACCUCUGUCGGUACAGUCAUCGGUCAAUUGGGUUUCGGUACCAUGGCCGACAUUGUCGGUCGUAAGAAGAUAUACGGUUUGGAACUGAUAGUCAUGAUCGCUACUACCAUCUUGCAGACCACCAUUGGCCGUUCCCCAGGUAUUAACUUCCCAGCCGUGCUGACCUUCUACCGUAUUGUGAUGGGUAUCGGUAUCGGUGGUGACUACCCAUUGAGUUCCAUCAUCACAUCUGAGUUCGCUACCACUAAGUGGAGAGGUGCCAUCAUGGGUGCCGUGUUCGCUAACCAGGCAUGGGGUCAGAUCGCGGGCGGUCUGGUUGCGUUGAUCGUUAUCCGUGCUUACAAAGGUGAUUUGAUCUAUGCCAACUCUGGUGCCGAGUGUGACUACGCCUGUCAAAAGGCCUGUGACCAAAUGUGGAGAAUCCUAAUUGGUUUCGGUGCCGUCCCAGGUAUUAUCGGUCUAUACUUCAGAUUGACCAUCCCUGAAUCCCCAAGAUACGCCCUAGAUGUCAAGGAAGAAGUUGACUUGCCAUCUAACAUUGAGAAGGUCCGUGCCACUGCCGACGAUGAGCACUUGGAGGACCUAGAAAGAUCAUCCACUGUUGUCGAAGACGGUAUCGUCGUCCCACCACCAAAGAAGGCCUCCUGGAAGGAUUUCAGAAGCCAUUUCGGUAAGUGGAAGUACGGUAAGAUUCUAUUGGGUACCGCCGGUUCUUGGUUCGUGCUGGAUGUGGCCUUCUACGGUUUAAGUUUGAACACCGCCAUUAUCUUGCAAACCAUUGGUUAUGCUGGUUCCAAGAACGUGUACCACAAGCUUGACGACUCCGCUGUCGGUAACCUGAUCUUGAUCUGUGCUGGUUCCCUGCCAGGUUACUGGGCCACUGUGUUUACUGUUGAUACCAUUGGUAGAAAGCCUAUCCAGAUGAUGGGUUUCAUCAUCCUAACCGCGUUGUUCUGUGUCAUUGGUUUCGCUUACCACAAGAUCAGCGACCACGGUCUGCUGGCUCUGUACGUUAUCUGUCAAUUCUUCCAGAACUUCGGUCCUAACGUUACUACUUUCAUCGUCCCUGGUGAAGUGUUCCCAACCAGAUACAGAUCCACUGCGCACGGUAUCUCUGCUGCGUGCGGUAAAGUCGGUGCCAUCAUUGCACAGACCGCCUUGGGUACUCUGAUCGACCACAACUGUGCCAGAGACGGCAAGCCUAAGAACUGUUGGUUGCCACACGUUAUGGAGAUCUUCGCGCUGUUCAUGCUGCUCGGUAUCUUCUUGACGUUGCUGAUCCCAGAGACCAAGAGAAUGACCCUGGAGGAGAUCUCUGAGAAGUACCACGACGAAGUGGACAUCUCCAAGCUGGCCCCAGUUACUGUCGCCGACAGCACUUCCUCGUCCUCUGUCUCACACAUGGUUUGA